CCGCCCAUCCCCUCCGACCCGGAACGGUUAGAGCGGAGGACCCGGGAGGUCGUCUGAAGGCUGUGUACAAGAUGGCGGCGGCGCUAGCGGUUCCUCGCCUGGCCCGGUAUGGAUUGUUUAGUUUUCGGCCCAGCACAGCCCUUCAGGUUCAACUGCUCCAUCAGAGUUCGGUGACAGAAGCAAGCAGCCCUGUCCCAGAGGGAAAGAAGAGUGGGGCAGUAGUCCCCAAAUCCUCCUCACUCCCGAGCAGCAGGGGGGAGUAUGUGAUCACCAAGCUAGAUGACCUGAUCAACUGGGCCCGACGGAGUUCCAUGUGGCCCAUGACCUUUGGGUUGGCAUGCUGUGCUGUGGAGAUGAUGCACAUGGCAGCUCCCCGAUACGACAUGGACCGCUUUGGGGUGGUGUUCCGGGCCAGCCCACGUCAGUCAGAUGUGAUGAUUGUAGCCGGCACUCUCACCAACAAAAUGGCCCCAGCUCUCCGAAAGGUAUACGACCAGAUGCCCGAGCCCCGUUACGUAGUCUCCAUGGGAAGUUGUGCUAAUGGUGGAGGAUAUUAUCACUACUCAUACUCUGUAGUGAGAGGAUGUGACCGCAUCGUGCCCGUGGACAUCUAUGUCCCAGGCUGCCCGCCCACAGCCGAAGCGCUGCUCUACGGGAUCCUACAGCUCCAGAAGAAAAUCAAACGGGAGAAGAGACUCAAGGUGUGGUACCGGCGGUGACGAUGGCCCCUGUGGGCAGGAAGCAGUGAGGGGCUCCUGACCAGAAGGGGACCGGGCCCCUGUUUGUUUGUGAUACCAUGUAAAUGUCAAUAAAAUACGUAGAUGAUAGAUACUGUUGUCUCUGCUUGGUAGUGACAGAGAUACCCAGGACACCCUGGUGUGGUGGAUAGAGAGAACCACAAAUUGGCACUCAGGGCCUGUGCUCAGAUCCCUUCACUUAAUUCCACAGGGCUUCAGUUUUCCCAUCUGUGAGUGUUGGACUAGAUAACGUCUAAGGCCUCUCGUGGCUCUUUGUCCCAUAGUAGGGUGUGCUGAGUCCUAGGUGGGUUGUAACCUGGAUGGGACUGAGGGCAAGGCCAUGAGGUCCAUCUCUUGUGACUAACUCAAUAGCCGAGUUGUUUCUGGGAAGCCAUUGUGCAAAUGCCAGCCAUUGGGAACCAGGUGAGGUGGAGGGUUCCACACAAGGCAUCCUCACUGCUGGGGGGUCAGUGGUGUCAUCAACAUUCACACACAGUCCCCGUUGCCUAAGCACAUGAAAGCAUGUGCCCUCCCUGUGGAAAACCCGUGCCCUUGUGGUGCCAUACAGAGGAGGCAAGUGACUAGGAGCCUGCUGGUCACAGGUGGACCUCACUUUAUAUGAUGCGUUUGUCAAUUAGGCCAGGUCAAUGUACUUACUCUAGGGCAGCUCACUUUUAAGAAAUAUUGGUGAGUCCAUCCUCUGUGAUUGAUACAGUAGGUACUCAAUAAAUGCUUAUUGGUGAUAAUGA